CAUCGCUCCUUCUCUGCUUACCAACGACGACGACGAAUCACAAACACUGACCGACAUCACCAUCGCCAAACUCACCACCACCAUCACUACCAUCAUUACUAGCAGCACUCUUUUAAAUCGAAUUACAUGUGCCAUCCGCCAUCAUGACCGAAAUGUACACUCAGCCUCCGGUCUCUUCGGCUACCGCCCCAACUCAAGGUCGCCGCGUCAGCGUCGCCAUCCCGCCUUCGUCUAUCCCUAUGCCGCCUCCAUCUACAGCUGUCCGACUAAGGAGUAAUCUUGCCGGCGAGACAUUUUCGCCCGUCAACCAGAACGGAAGCUUCGAGUUCGACCGUGUUCUCAAGAGCGGCUAUGUGCAAAAGCGCACCUCAAAAACCAAGGCUUGGAGGACUAUUUAUCUCGUCUUGCGCCCCAACACUCUGUCCAUCUACAAAUCGGAUAAAGAGGAGAAGCUUCGACACAAAAUCUACCUGUCGGAUCUGACGGCCGUCACUUUCCUCAAAGACCCAAAGCAGAAACGCCCAAACGUCUUUGGCCUGUUUUCGCCCGCAAAGAACUUCCAUUUCCAAGCUCCGACUUUGCAGGAUGCCCAGGAGUGGGUUGACUUGAUCAGGAAGGAUGCCAGGAUAGAGGAGGAAGAGGAGGAACUAUUCUUGGCCAGCCCACCUCCCCGACGACAAUCCGAUCUCAACUACGCCCCUGCCACUGAUCGGGAACGACUUGCUUCGAGCUCACCGGAACCCCUCGAGCCUCCUGUACGGAUCCUGGCAUCUCCUGGCGGACGACGUCCAUCGGCCAUUGAAUCAUCGGGAAUGUCGGAGACAGAACUUGCGUCGCAUUCCGACUUCUCCGAUUCGGAUUUCCAACGGAUACCGGGCGCAACAAUCGAAAGUUUGUGUGCGCGGUCUCAAUCCGUAUCACAAGCACGAGUACGAGCAGCACAGGCACAGGGUGCCCCCAUGACCCCAGGAGCGAUGAACAUUAGCCAAUCUAGCGGCAUCAACCUCGAGCAAGACCCGGAUCGGAUUAUUUGGCAGGGAUGGUUGCGAUUCCUCCGCAGUAAACGUGGCGUCAAGCAAUGGAAGAAAUCAUGGGCAGUCUUACGACCAAGAAAUCUCAUUCUGUACAAGGACGCAUCCGAGUACUCGGUUCUCUUCGUCGUCGCUUUCUCGUCAAUCGUCAACGUUGUGGACAUCGAUCCGCUAAGCAAGUCCAAGGCCCAUUGCUUGCAAAUCAUCACGGACGAGAAGAGCUAUCGAUUUUGCGCCCAAAACGAGGAGGAGCUCGUUCAGUGUCUGGGUGCUUUCAAGAGUCUACUGGCAAAGAGGAGGGAAUUGGAGUCAAAGGCGGCAGCAUCGACAGCGAAUGCGACCACCGACCAUCAGCCUCGCCCGUCCGCAUGAUUUGUCGAGGCUGUUUCACAUUGCAUUGCUGGGCGAAUCAAAAAAUGACUUCUAGAUGGGGUUUGGAAUUGGAAUGGUGUUGACGGACAUGGUUGGACGGACGGACGGACACAUUCGUUGUUUAUUGUUUACUUUUGUUUUGGCGGUUUCUUGGAAAUACCCGAUGCGACGAUGAAGCCUGGAUAGGUUUCUCGUCUCAUCAAACUCUAACCCUUUUUACUUUUGUUCUCUGUCUGACCUGCUUUUCCUCUUUCGCCAAACCGUUGGUGCUAGCCGAAAACUAGGGUGUUCAUACAGCGGGUUUGGUUCUUUCCAUCUUUUUUUGUUCGAACCCG